UAUAAUUGAUUGGAUAAUCAAUAAUACAUAUGGUAAAAUAAUGUUGGAGUAUCUAGUCUAGAUGGGGCAAUCGGUGUGCAAAUGUUGCAACUGUACCUCAUCUCAAGAUGCAAAACGUCGAAGUACUAAAAUAUAUCCACAAAGACCGCUAAGUGUUGAUUGUGUGUGGACCCAAGGUUCAAGUCUUCCAUCAUCAAUACAUCGUCGUCCAUAUUUAUCAUCUGAUAGUGAUUUCCAUUCCAUGGAAACCAGUAUGGGUGAAGAGGAUACAUAUUUAAAAAAAGAUCGAGAAGAUGUUGGUUCCUCAGAAAUAAUAACCGAAAUAUUUUUGGGAUCACAAUUUGGAGGUGAUUCAACGGAUGAGUUACCACUGUUUUUGAAAAAACUCAAAGAUGUUACUGUUCGUAUUGGGACAAAUAGUCGACUGUUAGUUGAAUUAGAAUGUAGAUCAGACUUUAAGGUUACAUGGUAUCGAAACGAUAAUCAAAUAUUAGCGAGCGAUGAAUACAAAAUAGUAAAUGAAGGCAAUAUUUACGCAUUGGAAUUCACAUGCGUUAGUAUACAAGAUAACGGACAUUGGACGUGCUCUGCCGAAAGUAGAAAAGGACGUGUGACAUCGUCAUGUUAUCUUCAAGUAAUUGUGCCGAAAUCGUAUAAAAAGCCGGUAUUUUACGAAGAAUUAGAAGCCGUAUUAACUGAUGAAGGAACAGUAUCGUUACAAUGUAAAGUUGUUGGCGUUCCAACGCCAGUUUUACGAUGGUUCAAAGAUGGUAGUGAAAUUAAAGCGGGUGAUAUCUUUGCGUUAGUAGCAAAUAGUCGUGAUCCCAUAUCGUUGGGCACGUACACAUGUGAAGCAUCCAAUUGUAUGGGUAAAGUUUAUUCUUCUUCUGGUGUGAAAGUCAAUAGCAAAGCAAAUUUAUCUCAAAAUGUUCAAGAAGUUUACAAUGUUCCACCAACGGGACAAUCGCCUAUAUUUAUUCAAGAACUAAAAAAUGAAAAAAUUAAAAUCGGAGAAAGUUUUAUUUUAUCAUCUAAAAUUGCUGUUCCACCUUGGCCAAAAGCAAUAAAAUGGCAAAAUCCACAAGAUCAAUAUGUUGAUACAAGUAAUCCACGCUACAAAGAUUUAGCUGAUGGUCUUGGUGGGUAUAUGUUGGAAAUUAUCAGUUCUGAAGAAUGUGAUAGAGGAACUUGGAAAUGUGUUGCUGUAAGCGGAGAUAAUAGUACGGCUGUGUCUUCUUGCGAUAUACAAUUAACAGUUCCGAAGAAUUAUCGCAAACCAUAUUUUGUUGAAAAGUUACGAGCAGUUUUAACCGAAGAUGGGUUAGUGUCAUUUGAAUGUAAAGUGGUUGGUUAUCCAACUCCACAUUUACGUUGGUUCAAAGAUGGAUCAGAAUUAAAAGCUGGUGAUAUUUAUCAAUUAACUGGUGUUAGUUCGCUGGGAUCAUAUUUGUGUAUUGCCAAAAAUUGUAUGGGAGAAGCUAGAAGCGAAGCAGAAUUAACUAUUGAUGAUAUUAAACAGCAAUUAAGCCAUGAAGAAACCAUGAUGUUAACGGCAAUUCGACAACCGCCAAAGUUUAUUAAGAAACUUAUAAGCUCUGAAGUUCCGAUUAACUCACCAUUUAAAUUUACUGUCCAAGUUCAAAUGCCACCAACUCCCAAAUUAUCGUGGUAUAAGGAUGACCAUAAAUUAGAAAUCGAUGGGAAAAAAUAUACUCAAAUAAAUGAAACGCAAGGUGUAUUUCAUUUGAAUGUACUCAAAUUAGAAUUUGAGGAUCAAGCCGAAUGGAAAUGUGUUGCAUCAAAUGAAUUUGGACGAGCAGAAUGUUCGAGUUUUUUGAAAUUAAUUAUACCGAAACAUUUCAAAAAACCAAAAUUCUUAGAAAAUUUACGAGCCGUUUUAACUGAAAACGGUAUCGUGAAUUUGGAAUGUAAAGUCAUUGGCGUGCCACAGCCAACAUUAAAGUGGUUUAAAGACGGAGUGGAAUUAAAUCCUGGUGAUAUUCACAAAAUUAUGUCUGGGCAGGAUGGAACAUGUUGUUUAGGUCUAUACACUUGUGAAGCCCACAAUUGCAUGGGGUCUGUAACAAGUUCUGCAUCUAUUCAUGGUAUUGAAGAUGCAACGCCUGUAAAACCGAAAUUAAGAAAAUUAUCACUAUCUACAAUCAAUGAGGAAGAUACAUUUAGGACGGCAGAUGAUGAAAAUUCACUUCCCAUUGACCAACCGCACGAGUUAUCAUAUUCAUUUGAUGGCAAAGAAAUUUCUGUUUCGUAUUAUGAUACACCCGACCUGACUCAAGAAGAGGCAAUUCAAAUUAUUGAAAUGUAUGCAGAUCAACUUUCUGAACACAUUUCAGAACAUAAUGUAUUGGAAUUGCCACCGUUACGUAUAGUGAAAGAAACAUCGACAGCAAGUAAUAUUUUAAUGGAGGGUGUUGUCAUUGAUAUUGUCCCCGAAUACUUUACCGUUGAAGAAGAUCUUCGUACUGAAGUAGGAAUCGAAGAUAUUUCAGUAAUUGAAGAUACAGUAUUCUCAUCCCAUUCAUCAGGUCGCUUACGUUUGAACAGUGAUUCAAGACAUAGUGUCGAUGAAAAAAAUUAUGAAAUACGUUCCAUCUCUGAAUCAAUACAAAGUCCAGAUUUGUAUUACAGUCUAUCCGAAUCGAAAAAGGAUGAUUUAUCUCUACCAGUUUCGCCAGUUAGCCGUAUGUCCGUUGAACCAGAGACAGAAACUUACAUGAGUGCAAAAAGUGGUACUCUUGAUCGACGAUCAAGUAUUAAGAAAACUUAUUUCCAAGACUCACCCGACCGUCCACAAUCAACAACUGGUCAAAGUCAUACAAGCGAAGAAACUGGUGAUAUUAUGCCAGAUGAUGAUUCAAUUUUGCGACAUAACUUCCAAUUUUUAACUGUACUUUUGUCAAAUAAUCUUACAGAUAUUCAACAACGAUUGUGCUACAUUGAACGCGAAAUGUUUUUGAAUUCUUUGAAGCAACAAUCGGAUAUAAAUGAAUCCAAUUUCAGGGAUAUUGGUGGAUUGAUACAAUCCGUUCAAGGAUUGCGGACAUUCUUCUUGUCUUUUAAACAAAAGAAAAAUGGAGAUUUCCCAUACACUUUUAUGGAUUUGAAUCAUAUUGCCGAAGCUUUACAAACAAAUAUUGAUGCAAUCCAUACAAGUAUUAUAAAUAAUCCAAAUUUGGCUGUGCAAAAGAAUAACGUUAAAAUCGUGUACCAAGUUGGGGAAACACUUGUGAAUGUACUAGAUUUAAUAAGUGAUAUUAUUAAAUUGGAUACGUUUGAGUUAUGUAAGUCAAAUGUGACUCAAACCGAAAAGCAAAAAUUGAUUAAUAUGGUCUUAGACACACGUGAUGAAUUAAAUGAACUUGUAAUAGUGACACAUGAUUUGUUUAUUGACACACAAGAUGUGACAGUAGAUGCUACAGACACAAGAAAAACUGUUGAUACGGUCGAUGAAAUUAUGUUGAAACUAGACACAGAUGAAACAUCUAAAGAAGGGUUGAUUCAAGAACAACUUACAAAGACACUGGGCUCAGAGACACAAGGUGAGGAAACUGUACCGGUAGAUAUAAAACAAAUUAAAGAAGAAAAGGAGAUUGAAAGGACGGAAAUUAAGGAAGAAAAGAAAAUUAUUGAAACUCCAGUACCCAAGGAGAAAGUUGAAACUCCAGUACCAAAGGAGAAAGUUGAAUCUACCUUAUCAAUGGAAGAAGAAAAGAAAAUUAUUGAGCAACAAUCAGAAAAACAAGAAGUCGCGUCACCUUCGGUGAUUACAGAAGAAAUAAAAGAAGAAAAGAAAGUUAUUGAAUCAGAAUUGCCGUUUGAGAAGAAACCUGAGAUCACUUUACCAGAAUCAAAAGAAACCAGAGAAGAAAAGAAAGUAAUCGAAGCAGAAUUGCCGUUUGAGAAGAAACCUGAAAUCACUUUAUCAGAAGCAAAAGAAAUCAAAGAAGAAAAGAAAGUAAUUGAAAAGCAGGUGACACCUGAAAAGCCUUUGCCAGAUACAAAAGUCAUUCAAGAACCAGAGAAAAAAGAUAUUCAAGAAGCAAAGAAACACGAAAAGCAAAUAAUUGAAAUAGACAUUGGUUUGGAUAAAAAAGAAGCCAUCAAGGAGUUGAUAACAUAUCAAGAAGAGAAAAUUCAAGAUACACUUUUCGAUAUUGAUUUAGUAAAACCAUUAUUUGAAACAAUUUCAGAAUUAAAAUCACCAGAAAUUAAUGUCACAGAGUUAUUCGAAAAUGAAACUGUUAAAAAUGUAUUAGUGAAUAUUCUGAAUGUGGAGAAAGACAUUAUCCAAAAUCAAUUAAAGGAAAUUAGAUUGUUGGAGCUAGAUGAAACUGAUAUUAGAAAAAUAUCUGAAUCUGAGAAUAAUAAAAUGGUAUUAAAAAAUCAAUUGGGCAAAAUUACCGAACUAGAAAUUACUUUAGUUAAAGAUAAAAUACCGGAAAAAGAUAUCACUUCCAAAGAAAAAAUCAAGAAAAUUAUGUCUUUAGAAUGGUUAGAGCAAAAACAAAGUGAAUUAAAAUCAUACUUGCAAACAUUUAAUCAAAAACGGGUAGGUUUGAUUGAGUCUCAACAAGCGGUGGAAACCGAACUUUCACCUAAAGAACAAAUCAGCGAAGUAACUACACCAAAACAAGAUAAUGAAUUACAAAUCCUUACCGAUUUAAUCGAGUUAUAUGAUUUGCAAAAUCAUUAUUCCACGAUCACAAAUGAUCAACUAUGGGACUUGGCACAAGAACUACAGCAAAAUAUUAACGAUGAAACCUAUGAAGCGAAAUUAAGCUCCAUCGAAAGUAAUCUGCAACAAGAGUUAAAUCGAAACCAAUUAAAACAACUGAGUUUAGAUACUUCCGAAAAAAUUGCAACUGAAGAUACCAUCAGUGAUUUACAAGAUCAAAUAUUGGAUAUAAAAGUAAAGAAAUUCGCAUUGUAUCUUGUUAGUGAUUUGCAAAUCCAUAAAAUUCAUCCACAAUCCACGGAUGCAAUUUUCAAAGUACUUAUGUCUGAGUUACCACAGACAUUAGAACACAAGAAACAUAAAAUUAAUCUUGAAUUAGAAUUCAAUGCAAAUACAUUUUUAAAUAGAUUAAAACAAGAUUUUCAAGAAGUUGAAGAAUUGAAAAAUGAAUUUCAAUCAAAAGAAAGAAUAUUACUAUUCAAUGAAUUACAAUCCCUUUCUAGAAAAUAUAGUUUAGGUGAAUUAGAUACUGUAGAAAAGAAAUUAUCAACAAGGCUAGAAAAAGUUACUCGGGAAAAAAGAAAGCAACCACAAAACAAAUCAUUAAUUGAUGAUGAAAAAUCAAUUCAACAAAAAAUUUACAACAUUAAACUCUUAAGAAUCUUAUUAAAAGAACUACAGGCAAACAAAAAUUUAACUUCAGAUCCAGUACAAAUUCUUGAAAAUAAACAC